CUAUACCACCACCACCGUACUUUCCUGCACGUGCUCGCUGCCUUGCUCCCUCCCUACGCAGCUGCAUCCCUUGCUUUCUCGUCUCGAACUAGUGUGCUCCGCGACCCUUCUGUGCCAUCUGCGCAGACCACCAUUUUCCACAUCCUGUUCGCGUCGCUUCCCUCCGUUAGCUUCCGCCGAGCACUACUCGUUCGUAAUUAAUGAAACCCUCAUUCAAAUUAAAUCGACUAUUAUAUCCCCGCCUGCAAAAUAGUGAUAUCGCGGUUGUUAGAGGAUCCUUUACUCGGCAGCGCACUUUUUUCAGAUUCGCCUGAAAUACCCAGCGCAGGCCGUUCCUGCAAGCCGCGUAAACCAUCCCCAUACCUCGUCUAACAUCUCCGUAUUUCUUCCCCAUCUGCUCCUCCACGCAUCUUAGCCCAUAGCGGAUCUUACUAUCGCGAGUAUAACUAGCACCGCUGGAACUGAGGGCAGGGCUCCAUGGGAGAUAAGUGGCUCAAUCAGGCCAUAAGAGGUCGCAAUCGCAGCAGCCCGCCGAAGCAGCUAUCCAAGCAACAUCGCCGCCCCUCCCCCCGGGAUGCCCCCCCCGCGUGGGACCACCCGCAGGAGCGUCGCCGCUUAGUGCGCUCGUCAUGGCGGCCGGCGGCGAUGGAAGGCGCGUACGACGAUGACGAUGAGGAGGACUCGUCGGAGGACGACGAGGGUGAGGACGAGGAGGAAGGGUGCUGGGCGCACUGCUGCGGGGAGUGCGCGCGGUGGCAGCGCGUGUGCGCGGCUCUGCUGGCGUUUACGAUCAUCAGCGCGCUGCUCUUCUCUCUCUUCUCCGCCGCAGAGAUCCUCCCCCCGGCGUUGAGUUUCGCCAUGUCGGCCCCGGAGCAGAAGCCGUCCAGUCAGCCCAUCAACGGCGCGGAGCUAUCAGCCCCCGACAGUCUUGCGCUGGGCACAAUGUUCCCCACGCUCACUCCCGACACGGCGCAGCCGCAGCAGGUGCAGCCGCACUUGCUGCACCAGCAGCUGCAGCAGCAGCUGUUGCAGCAGCGGCAGCAGCAGGAGCAGCUGCAGCGCCUGCAGGAGCAGCAGCAGCAGCUGCUACAGCACUUUCAGCAGCAGGUUUUGCGCCCCGCGCAUGCCCGCUCCGCGGAACCACGAUCUCCGCGACAGACGCAGGCGCAGGCGCAGCAGUCGUUGCAGCCGCUAGGAGCUACCGGAGAGAACCCAGCAGAGGCGGCGGUCGCGCGACCAGCAGCCGUUACACAGUUUCAGCAACAACCCCCGCAAGUGCCGCUGCAGCAGGCGGGUAAUGAGCAGCCAGGAGUACCCGAGGCAUUUCCGCAAGCGCUGCCGCGAGUUGCGCCCCAGCAGCAGCAGCAGGCGCAGCUACCGUCGCAAGCGGCGGAGGCGGCAGCGGAGAUUCAAUCGCAGGCGGCGGUGGCGGUAGCGGGUGCUGCGCCAGUGCAGCAGUCGACGCAGCAGUUGGCGCAGCCGUCCCCCCAGGCGGAGAUUGUAUCCCUCCUGGACACGCGCGCGGCACGCACCGCCGCGCGGGUAGGCGGACACGCGCUGGGGGGAUGCGGAAAGACGAUUCCGCUCGCCGCGGAGGGGGCGCCAGGCGGAGGGCAGCACCGCAAGGUGAAGCUCGACGACUGCGGCCCCGCCGCCGCCUCCGCGCAGCCCGACGCGCCUGUGGACGUGGCGUUCGAUGAUUCGACAGACGUGAUGGCUCCAGGCGCUUCAUCGGCGGGGGAAAGUGAUCCGCGACAGGAAGAGGGGGAAGCAGCACAGGCAGGACCAGAGCAAGAGCAACAGCAGCAGCAGCAGCAGCAGCAGCAGCAGCUAGAGGUGCAGGUGCAACAACAAGACUUGGAGUCAAUACCAGCUGCUGCCGUCAGUACUGAAGCAAACACGCCUGGCUCACCCACUCAACCGAUACCCGGCGUGACCAGCAACGCAGGAGCCGCCGCCUUGUCCUCCGCUCUGCAUUCCUCCCCCUCCCUGCCCCCCUCCUCCGCUGCUACCAACGCACACGGCCCACAACCAUCACAAGACCUCCAAUCGACUCCCACCGAUCCCUCUCUGGUUAACGGAGUUGGAGCUGCAGCUGUGGGCGCAGCAGCGGGUGCGUCCCGCCCCUCCUGGCCAGUAGAGCCCGCCACCUUCCGUGGCGCGCCCAGUCACCGGCCGCCGCAGCAGGCGCAGCAGGAGCAGCCACAGCAACAGCAGCAGUGGCAGCAGCAGCAGCAGCAGCAGCAGCAGCCGCAGAUGGAGCCGCAAGGCAAGCAGCUGCAGCAACCGCCGCACCAGCUGCCACAACAACCACAGCAGGCGCAGCUGCAGGGGCAGAAGAGGGCGAAGCAGGGAGGGGGGAAGGAUGGGGACAACGUGAUGGCGACGGCGUACAGAGCAUGCAUCGACCACACUCGCGUGCAGCGAAUGGCGGAGCACUCUGGGUGGCCGUACCUGCUGGUGCGGGGGGAGCACGUGGGGCUGGUGCGGCAGCAGGAGGCGCUGGUGCGCGCGCUGUGGGUGGCCAAGGCGACGGGGUCCGUGCUGGUGCUGCCCUCCUUCCUCAAGAGCUUUGACGCGCACCCCUCGCAGCCAGCCAGCCUCGACCAGUUCUUCAACACGCAGUACCUUAUUACACAUAUGUACUGCUCGUCAGAGGUCUGGGCGGUGCAGGCUCUUCCCAGCAGCAUUCAGGAGCAGCUACCAGCGGGCGCCAGUGCGCGGGACGUGGACGCCAUUCUCUCAGCGCCGGGCUCACUGGCUCUGAGUGUGCCGCGGGAUAUAGUGGCAGGCAGCGCUGACAUCAAUAACCCCGGGCUGCUCAGAUGGCUAGAGACCGUGCGACAGCAGACCACCAAGGGGAAGCUGCGGCUGCUAGUUUACGAUACGGACCCGCCGCUGGCCCUCGCAUCCCCCGACCAGCAGCGGCUCAAGAAGAACGGGCUGGCAGCGCUGCGGGCGUCUACAGACGUGAGUGCGGUGAUCACGCAGCUGCUGCACCGCCUGCGAAAAACCUUCCAGGAGCGCCUAAGGAAGGAUCUUUCCCAGUUCCAGUUUGCGGCUCUGCACAUUGGGGGGGAUGCUGCGAGUGACUUUGCAGACGGGCCUGGCGAUGGCGGUGGUAGCUGGGACCGUGCGUUCACGGGCAGUGGUGGGAAUAGCAGCAGUGGGAAUGCGGGCGGGGAUUAUUUUGAUAGGAUUAGCGCCGCGGAGAAUGGUGGUGGUGGUGGUAGUACUGGUGGUGGUGCUGGUGAUGGGGACAGUGGUAGCAUCCUGGCGGCAAUCCGAGAGGCGCUCCUAUCGAACGUGGAUCCUUCCCAGAUGCUUCUGUAUGUCACAGUGGGUCGAUCCGAGGAGCAUACAACAGUGUUGCAGGAGCUGAAUGCGGCCUACCAUGUGGUUACCAAGGACACGCUCAUCCCCAAUAUCAACCGCAGAUUCCCUUCGCAUGAGAUGCAAGCGGCAUUCGAGCAGGGGGUGGUCAAGGAGGCGUCUCUCUUCCUCGCCCCGUCCAUGUCAGCGUUCGCUGGGUUUAUCUUCCAGUCACGGUGCUUCACGAGACCGACGCUGGGGCAGAAGCCUCUGAGAGACACGGUGUUUUAUGACCAGAGCACAAGUGCUGCCGCGUGCCAUUUGCGGCCUAUGGGUUGACAGGAACGGCAUGGAUGUAACAGGCUUAGAACGGGACGACCGUACGGUAUAAUAUCAAGCACGACCAAGGCGAAUAGAGCUAUGGCCAAUGCAAGGGUUGCAUGUGGAACGUAUCUAUGUUGCUUCAUUACAUACCGCUUCCAGCGGGGAGCUACAGACUCUUAGCGGUUAUAAGGUGGAUGAGGAGUUGGCACUGGUAGGUGGUGAAGACUGCGUCUCUCGUGUUUGGUGCCACCUUCCCCUCCAUGUUUGUUCUUUUUUUUUUUUUCGUGAUUACAUGGUAUUGUGGCUUGUUUCUUAUCAUACAUUCUUGCGUUGCUUACAC